GUAAUCUUCAUGUCACAUAUAUAUCGGCGAAUGUGUUGAACAUCAUAUGUAUGCGUGAAAAUUUUUAUUUUUCUUUUUUUUUCAUUGUAUUACGUCAACUGCUUAUCUGCACAAUUUUACUUAAUUAUUGUAACUGAAAAUUAUCGUCGUAUCAGAUGUUGAGUGCGAAUGUGAUAAAAGAUAUAAAACAUUGACUAUAUAAGCAUCUGUUAAAAAGAUUUGGUGUCAUUUGAACUCGAAGAAGGUGAAAUCUCUUAGAUAAAGCGAAUCUUUUUUGUAUUGACGAAAUGACAAGACGGAUAGCUGUGGUUACUGGUGGAAACAAGGGAAUUGGCUUUGCUAUUGUCAAAUUGCUGUGUCAACAAUUCAAUGGGGAUGUUUAUUUAACAGCUCGUGACACUACUCGUGGUUUGAGUGCUAUUAAAGAAUUGGAAAAGCAAGGCUUUAAACCAAAAUUCCAUCAGUUGGAUAUCAGUGAUGAUGACAGUGUCACAAGGUUCCGAGAUUACUUGCAGAAUAUACAUGGUGGUUUGGAUGUACUGGUUAACAAUGCUGGCAUAGCAUUUAAAAUGGAUGCUGCAGAGUCUUUUGCGGUCCAAGCAGAGGAAACAAUUAGAGUAAACUACUUUGGCUUACGUAGAGUGUGUGCUACUCUCUAUCCAUUACUCAGACCACAUGCUCGAGUGGUUUUUAUGUCCAGUAGCGCUGGACGUCUGUCUAACAUUACUGGCAAGGCAUUAAAACAGAAAUUGGCCAAUCCAAAGCUGACUGAAGCAGAAUUAGAUAAAAUUAUGCGUGACUUUGUCAAGACUGCAAAAUCUGGCAUGCAUGUACAAACUGGAUGGUCAAAUUCUGCAUAUGUAGCAAGCAAAAUCGCCAUCUCUGCUUUAGCUGGUAUUCAUCAAAACAUGUUUAAUGCAGAUCCCCGAGAAGACAUCGCAGUAAAUGCAGUACAUCCUGGUUAUGUUGAUACUGAAAUGACAAGCCAUAAGGGAACUUUAACACCAGAGCAAGGAGCCGCAGUCCCAGUUUUUUGCGCUCUGUUGCCAGAGAAUACGGAAAUAAAAGGAAAAUAUAUCUGGUCUGAUAAAACAGUAUCGGACUGGAAGUAAUAAUAUAUAGCAGGACCUGACCCCUUUUACUAACAUUCCUAUAAUGCAUGACAGAUCAUACAAAUGGUAAUAAAGGUUUGUUGAGUGACACUAUUUUUUUAUCAUAUUAAAAUUAUUAAAAUUACACUUUUACUUACAUUUAUAAUACUACAUUUAUAAUAUAUUUAUAGUCAAUAAAGAACAAGAAUAGAGUUCAUGAAACAAGUA